AACCAGAUUAGAUCUCAUCUAUCACAAUUAUCGCAGAAAUAUUAAUAUAACCGUUAUUUAUAUUUGCAUCUCCAUUUUGAUCAAAAAUGAUGUGUGCAUUCUGGAAAUCCCACAGUUUGGAUGGUGGAGGUUGGUGUUUGAGUGUAUUUUGCUUACCGUUAAACAGUGUUUUGUUACGACCUGGUAUAUAACGGAUAUAACACAAGCGAAUAUCUAUCUAUUCGCCAUGGCAAUUGAUCCGAAAAAAAUUAUAACUGAACUAAGUACUGUGUUCAAAGAUGAUCAAGAGACAUUUGCAAGAGUCUUGUUUUAUUUAACAGAAGAAGAAACAGUGUAUAAGGAAACCGAUAAACUAGGACCGCAUAUGAAGAUGCUAAUGUCAACUAUGGAAAUAGCAUCUCUGUUUAGUCAGUAUGCCAAACGGUUAGCAGAGGACACAAAGAGGGCUGAUUCGGAUAAAAAGUUUAAACGGGUUCUAGGUGCAAUUUGGGCCGAAAUGAUGGACGCUAACAAACAGACAGAUGAUCAAGAUCAAAUCCCCGAUGUAAACAUAAUUGUCAAAUUAGAACAUUUGUCUCUGCAAGCUGCUCCAGGAAUGAUCCGCGCCUUGAGCGUUAUUCCAUAUGAAAGCCAAAAGCUCUUUUUAAUGAUGAUCAAAGACAUUGUGCCAACAACGAUCGUAUCGAAAGCAGAUUUUGUUGUUGACACUGUUAACAAAGCAGGUGGUGCUGUAGUAACUCUAGCUUUAGCAGGUAUACAAUUGACAUAUGAAGCUAUAGUUAACAUUAGAAGAUGGUGGGAAGGAGAGAUUUCAGGAAAGAGAUGUUGUAAAAAUAUUAUAGAUUCAUUUGCUGCAGUUGGUGGUGGCAUCGGUGGAGGAUUUGCUGGUGUAGCUGUGGGAGCACUUGGAGGUCCAAUUGGUAUGAUAAUGGGAGGUAUUAGUGGAGGCGUAUUUGGCGGAGAAAUGGCCAGGAUUCUUUCGGAAUGGAUGACUAAAAAGAUUUUUGAUGUUCCAAAAUCUGAAGCGCUAGAAAAUGCUUAUAUUUUCUUUAAGUUGCGCAAUAAUGCUUCCCAUCAUGAGAUUAAUACAGCUUACAGGCAGAAGUGCCUCGAACACCAUCCUGACAAAGGAGGUUCUUCGCAGAUGUUCCAUAAAGUGCAGAUGGAAAUGGCGGUUAUUAAAGCUGCCAAAGGAGAACUUUAUUCAGACUAAUUAAUUGAUAUUUUUUUACUUAUGUUUAGAUUUGUACAGAAAUAAACCUAACGUUUUAUA